ACCCACCCGUUUGGAUCCAAAUCCAGAGUUUCACAAUAACCCGAAGGUUAAAACCACCCCCAUAUCUUCGUUUUUCCUCUCCACUAUAUAAAUUACUUUUCCCGGACGCUUCUCAGUUCACCACCAACACAUUCAAGUCCACACCGCCGUUUAUUUCCUUUUCUUUCUUCUCUGUAUUCUUCAUCUUGACAUUCAAUUCAUUCAUUCAUUCUCCAAAUGGUGUUACGAGGUUUCAAAGAAGAAGAAGAAGAAGAAACCGAACCAAUGGAAACAAGUCCCAAGAGACCUAAACCCCUUCACAAUUUCACCUUACCAUUCUUGAAGUGGGGGGCACAACGCCACCUAAGGUGCUCAAACGCCGCCGUUAAAAACCCCGCUGGAGCUUCAACAAACAGCGAUCGACGUUCUUCAAAGUCUUAUUCCAACGAAUCGACAUCGACACGAAAUCCAGCGAGCAGUUCAGAACGACCAAUGGUUUGCGAUGACGAAGAAGAUGAAGGGAUUGAUGUGGUGAGAGAGAAGCUGAUGCAUGAUCUAAAAACCGCUACUGAUAGAAUGAAAGAUGCGAUUUUGAGAGAUGAAGAAGAAAAAGAAGAAACAGAGACUGUUGUUAAGUCGUGGAAUCUGAGAACCAGACAGAAGAAACCUCCGGUAACGGUAGCCGCCGAUAAGGUGAAACGUGAAUUCUAUUCGCCGGCAAAAAUUGAAGGCGCCGUUAAUGUGUCGACACGGUUAAGAAGAAAUAUUAAUAAUAAUGAUAAUAAGACAGAAAGACCGAAAUUUUCCGUUCAGCUUUCGAGGAAGGAGAUUGAAGAAGAUUUCAUGGCGAUGGUGGGCCACCGGCCACCACGAAGGCCCUAUAAAAGGCCCAAACCUGUUCAGAAACAGUUAAACAAUCUUUUCCCUGGGUUAUGGUUAAGAGAGGUUAAUGUUGAUAUGUACAAGGUUCUUGAUACAACUGAGAAUGGCAAGGUGCGUUCUGCAAAGGGCAAAGGGAAAGGGAAGUUCAAUGAUGAAUCAUCUCUUUGAGAUAGUGCUAACAUUAGUUUUGGUAGAUAUAUGGUUUAUUCUUUUGUUUAUAAGAAUAAUAAUACUUCACCUGACAAAUUAAUUCUGAAUUUGUGGUGAUGGUAAAAGAGAACUUAGUAAUUAGCUGACUUUUUACUCUGCAUAUGACGAAUUUCUUUUGUAUGCAGCAGCUUAAUUGUCACAAUUUUGAAUUUUUUUCUUUCAGUUAGUAGAUGAUGGUAUUUUGUUGGCAAUUCAACUUUUGUUGUCAAGUGCCUAACCAGUUUCUUAGUAUUGUUAAGUUUGGUGUAAAUUGAAUUUGACAUUGGUAGAAUAAUACUACUCCUUAGUCUUGAAUCCUUAUUCUGGUGCCUCUGAAUUGAAUUGGAGCCUUGCUUUUUA